CUGAUCUACGGCUUAGCGUCAGAUGACAAUCCACAGACCGCACGUGCCACAUCAACCGCAUGCACCUGUACACGCACUUGUGUACCGACCGUACCCAGCAUGCAUACCAACCAGAAGGCUAUACAUCACAUCACAUCAAAUCACAUCCUAGCUAAUCAUCUGUCCGACUGACUGACCCACCGACCGACCCAUCAUGAUCACAGCGUUAGUUAUCGACAAAACAGACGCGCACGCAGCCUAGGUUUAGGCCAGCUGUGUCUCUCUCUCCAUGAGCCUGCUCAGCCGCCUGCUGGCGAUGGCGGCCCCCACGUAGACAUCGGCAUGGGCGCUGACCACCUCCUGGUAGCUCCGCGACUCAACCUCAAGGUCUCGCGGAUACCCACCGCCCAUCGUCACCACCUGCACACACUCAUCCACUCGGAUGGCAUGUGUGUCUCGUGCAAGAGUGUCUCUCUCUCUCUCUCUCUCCGUGUAUAUGUGCGUGUGUGUCCUUACCACGGGCACUGGUGUGUGUUUGUCUGUCAUGGCCAUCUCGUAAACGAGGCGGUUGCGGGUCUGCAGGCCUCCUCGAGAAAGGCUGAGUUUGCCAAACCGGUCGGUUUUGAGACAGUCCACACCCGACUGAUGGAUGGGAGGGAACAUGAUUGCAUCCACACAAACAUGCACACAUGGAUUCUCUUGCCAUCACUCACUCUUUUACUGACUGACCUGGUAGAAGAUCAGAUCGGGUCUGAACUCCCGCACGAUGUCGGGGAGGGUCUUGGCCAGCAGAGACAGAUACGCACCGUCACCAGUACCUGAAUGAAACACACACCAACGAAUCGAAUGCAUGUGUGGGCCACAAAGGCACAGGCAUGCUUCUCUGCACCCUCCGGCACUUCAAUGUCCACGUGGCUUGCUUCUUUGGGAGAGAAGUAGUUGGCCGUGCAGUGCACCGACAGCGUGAACACAUUGCUCUGGUCCUGGAACAGCACGGCAUUGCCGUUGCCCUGAUGCACGUCCAGGUCCACGAUCAAGAUGCGCUCAAUGACGUCUGCAUAGUCUCGCAGCGCCACGUUGGCGGCCACCGCAAUGUCAGAAAAGGCGCAGAAGCCCUCCCCACGGUCACGGAAGGCGUGAUGCGUGCCACCUGACACACACGCAGGCAGACACGCAUAAUCCAGUUUACGGAUGCCUGUCGGGUCGGUGCAUCUCUCUUCUGCUCACCUACCUGCGAUGUGUCCGGCAAACAGCGGUCUGGUUGGCUCCUGCCCCUUCCUUUGCCGCCUCAGCGCCAGACAGACGUCGCGUGUGGCGGCCACCGUCCCUCCAACGGAACUUAGCGCCCUGUUGACGGACUCAUGGCCCCUCGGGAAGCCAAUGCGGCGGUACUGCAUGGGGUCCAGCGACCCCUCACAGAAGGCCCGCACGUACGACGGGCAGUGAGUGGUGUGGAGGUCCUCGAUGGAGGCCAGAGGGGAAGGGGCGAAGGAGGCCCAUACGGCAUUGCCCUGGUCUCGGCUGUCGGUGUUGGUGUUGGUGGUGCGUCCGAGGAGGCGCUGCAGCCUAAGCCGUACCUCUCGGUACUUGGCCUGAGAGUGCACACACGCAUACAGAUAGUCCGCCUGGCGGGACCAGCGGGAAUCGGUGAAUGCAUUCAUCGAUUCACGAAGAGGUGGGUGCAUCCAUCGUAUUAUCUAUCCUUCGUAAAGAUGACUGACUCCGUCUGACUUCGUGGUGGUGUGUCGGGUCGGGCUUACCAUCGGGAACUUGUGGUCGGGCGGCAGCGUCACUUCGAACAGAUCUGCAUCGCAUUGCAUCGCAUCGCCCUCAUUGCACAAACAGACAGCCAAUCCCCCCACAACCAUGCGUCAUGCGGAUGCUCACCGUUGUAAUAGAGGCUGAGGUAAGCAGGAUAGAAGCCUGGCCUCGUUGCCGCUGCCCUGCGCACUUCUCUCGACGACCAUCUGGCCGAUUGUGGAGCCGCCGUCAGCUGGGAUCUAGCAGAUCUAGCAUCCGCGAGCCCUCUGCCGACAGUAGCAGCCCAGAAGCUGCUCAUCGCCGCCACCCACCCAAACCACGCCAUUCAACAGCAACCAUAGUUGUGCACAAGAUCUCGUCAAAGAUGAUCUCCGCCUUCGCAGACUUCCGGCAACUGUGUUUCCCUCUCCGGUGCCUUCUUCCAACAGCAGCAGCUUCCUUGCGAGCGCGAGCUGUU